UUUUAGUAUUAUACAGCAUAUAUUCAUAUGUGUCUCCUAUUAAAUUCUCUUUUCCCAAAGCCUUAUAUUACACUCCUUCCUCAAGAAUCUCUCUCCACGUACACCCUCUCUCUCUCUGCAAUGGAGAAGAAGCUCAAGCUCCGGCUUCAAGGGUUAGUCCGGUCAUCGUUCAAAUCUUGCAGGCCCCGGAACUUACACGACGUCGUAGAGACUUCAACUUUAACCUCUCAAACUGCGUCGUUUCAAAGGCUCUUCCCUUCUGGCACGAAACGCACAGACACUCCACCCCGUCUUAGUGUUCGGGAGGCGCACUCCUCGCUGUUCUACAACCCCGUCGAACGGCACAUGUUACACCCUCCGGCUUUUCCUGUUUUUCCGGCGAACCCUUUCUACGACGACAGCCGUUCCUUUCGAGCGUAUGAUAAGGAUUCGAAGAUGACGAAGGCGAAGAGACAGACUCGUCGUAGAAACUGCAGGAAGAGAUCUCAAGUGGGUUCUGAUUAUCUCUUCAGUUCUUCUUCACUUGAUGGAAGCUGUCGCUUCAAAUCAACUGGGUCAUGGUGCUGGUCAAGCAGCGAUGACGACGAUACCAAAGACAAUGAUGACAAAGAACAAAAGAAAGAACUACAAGAUGGUGAGGCCGACUCAUUCUUUUCCUUCAGAAGCUUCUCCUCCGACUCCUCGGCCUUCGUUUACCGUGACAAAAACCCUGACCCUCGCCGGGAAGCAGACAAACCCGUCUCCAGCGGCGGAGUUAUGCCGGAAAAGGUGAAAGUGAGGGACAGUUUCGCGGUGGUGAAGAAGUCGCGUGACCCGUACGACGAUUUUCGGACAUCGAUGGUCGAGAUGAUCGUGGAGAGACAGAUCUUUGCGGCGGACGAUCUGCAACAGCUUCUUCAGUGUUUUCUGCUCCUGAAUUCGCGUCAUCACCAUGGGGUUAUUGUGGAAGUGUUCUUGGAGAUUUACGAGACAUUGUUCUCUGCCUAACUAUAGGAAGAGUUUCUUCUUGCCUCUGUUUCUUUCAAAACUAAGAUUAAUCAUGUUUAUGAUUUGAUAGAGUUUAGGGUUUGUUGUAUAACUUGGAUUAACUUCAUGCUAAUGGAAAAGUUGCU